UUUUCUCAAGAUACGUCUUCUACAAAUGGAACCCACAACCAGUACAAAUAAUGUGACUGAGCUGAUCAUCACUGGGCUUUUCCAAAGUGUGGAGGUGCAGAGAGCAUGCUUUGUGCUAUUCUUGCCCGUGUACCUGGCCACACUGCUGGGCAACGGCCUCAUCGUCCUGACAGUCAGUGUCAGUCAGAGCCUGCGCUCCCCCAUGUACUUCUUCCUGGGCUACCUGUCCCUGGUGGAGAUCUGUUACUCCUCCACUGUGGUGCCUAAGUUUGUUGUGGAUCUGCUUGCCAAGGUUAAAAUCAUCUCCUUCAAGGGAUGCCUGGCUCAGAUAUUCUUCUCCCACUUCUUUGGGGUCACUGAGGUCCUCCUGCUUGUGGUGAUGGCCUAUGACCGCUAUGUGGCCAUCUGCAAGCCUCUGCACUACAUGAGCAUUAUGAGUCGCCAACUGUGUCACAUGCUGUUGGCCGGUUCCUGGCUGGGGGGCUUUCUUCACUCCCUUAUUCAGAUUCUCAUCACCAUCCCAUUGUCCUUCUGUGGUCCCAAUGUCAUUGACCACUACUUCUGCGACCUCCACCCCUUAUUCAAGCUGGCCUGCACCGACACCUCUGUGGAGGGGUUUAUCGUGCUGGUCAACAGUGGAGUCAUCUCCAUCUUUUCCCUCAUCAUCUUACUGUGCUCCUACAUCAUCAUCCUCGUCAGCCUGAGGAACCAUUCUGCAGAGGGGAGGCGCAAGGCCCUCUCCACCUGUGCCUCUCACAUCACAGUGGUCAUCUUGUUUUUUGGACCUGGUAUCUUCAUCUACAUGCGUCCCUCCUCUACCUUCACUGGGGACAAACUGGUGGCUGUGUUCUACACAGUCAUCACCCCCAUGCUGAACCCCAUCAUCUACACACUCAGAAACAUGGAGAUGAAAAUUGCCUUGAGGAAGUUGUGGAGCAGAAAGGAGGAUUCCUAAUAAAAAGGACUCUGAUGUACAGAAAAAGGAUUUAAAAUGUCUAAUUAUAGUGUGUUCUGAAAUGAUUAUGAUUUCAGUGUGAUAUGUAGGUAUUGCACCAUGAAAUAGAAGUACUUAAUGCUAUUGCUGCCAGCAUUCUCUGAAGUCACCAAAGACUCCCUGGUAUCAUGGUAUAAUGUUCCGAGGACAGAGGUGAGGGAUUCUCAGUGACUCCUAAGGGACUUGAGUGGCAUUAGGAUAUCCCACAGUCUUAUGCGUUUGUGUGAUUGGAAGGCUCAACCCAAGAGAAAAUGUGAAGGGGAGUAUUUUCACAGUGAAAGUUUGUCAAAAUCACUCUCUUGCUUUUAUAUAUUUGUGGGUACAAUGUUGAGGCAGGAGAUUAGGGUGUGGGCAGCCAUCUGGGCAAGUGGAUGUGUCCUGUUAGUUACAGAGAUCCAGCGCACAUGUCCCCAACCCCAUAAGACUAUCCCUGGGGGGAGGGAGACAGUAAAAUGGGAGUAAGAAUGAUCAAGAUACAAUGUGUGUAUGUAGAAAUCUUCUGAGAUGAAUUUAAUUGCUAUGUAGCACAAACAUAUAGUAAUAAAAUAUUUAAAAAGGCUAACACUAGCAUGGGCUUCAUAAGUUUAUUCUGAAUAUUAAACAGAUCGUAUAUACAUGUUCAGCCUUUAGAAGGAAGCAUAGUGCAGAGAACAUGGCACUCAAUAAAUAUUCACCACCACCAUGGUCAUCAGCAGUGCUGGUUGUGAACUUCAUUGUGUGAUGAGUGGAUCCCUACCAACAUGGUGUCCUUCUUCUGUCCCGAGAACUGCUGAGACUAGGGCUUGAUUCUGCCCCAGAGCUUUUAAAUAUGUGAAGGCAGUGCCGUUGUUUUGUUUUGAGACUUUUUUGGGCUAAAUAUUCUUUUGCUCUGUUAUUUCAUUGCUUUUAAGCACAAUAUAGUAUCUGGUGCUCUAAGGUACUCAAUAUUUUAAAAAGGAUCAAGAUAUAGAGGGAGGAAGAGGGAGAGAAGGUAAAAG